AGGGGAGAGCGCGGGGCGGCCUUGCCCGCGCCGUCCACCUGCAGAGGCGGCCGCGCUUCCUGCGGGUCCUGCACUCCCGAGCCGCGCCCUUCGAGAAAAAGACUUACAACCCCCAGAGGCCCUUGCGCGAGCGCCGUCGUCGUGGCGAUGCAGGUCGGGAGGAAGGGCCCGGCGGCGGCCAAUCGGGCGGCCCCUCGCCACGGAGGGCCAAUGGCGGCGUGGGGGCUCCCAUUUGAGGGCCGGCGAGCGCGCGGCGGCGGGCUCCUCUUCGUGCCCUGAUGGAUGCAGAUUUAUGCCAAGUGUUCUCUGAAAUGUUGCACGCCCACAUGGAAGAUGUUGAGGCGGCGGACCGGGAGGAUCCCCAGCUGCGUAGUGACUAUGUGAAGGACAUCUAUCGCUACCUGCAGCAGCUGGAGGUGCAGCAGAGGGUGUCCCCCUCCUUUCUUGAUGGCACCGAGCUCAGCGGGUGCACGUGGGCCAUCCUUGUGGAUUGGCUGGUGGAGGUCCACACGAGGUUCCAGCUUCUGCAGGAGACGCUCUACACGUGCGUGGCCAUCAUGGGCCGCUAUUUGCAGGCUCGGCCGGUCUCCUGUAAGGAGCUCCAGUUGGUUGGUGUGACCGCGAUGCUUCUGGCUGCGAAAUAUGAAGAGAUCUGUGUGCCGAGUAUUUUGGAUUUUGUGUACAUAACUGAUAGAGCAUACAAGUCCACUCAGAUUCAGGAAAUGGAGCAGAAUAUCCUGAAGGAGCUUAAUUUUGUGCUGGGCCGGCCAUUACCACUCCACUUUCUGAGGAGAGUAGCCAAAGUUUCAAAGCUGUCUGUGGAGACAUACCUGCUGGCGAAAUACUUGAUGGAGCUGACUCUGGUGGACUACGAGAUGGCACAUUAUAACCCUUCGGAGAUUGAGGCUGCGGCACUCUGCCUGUCAAGGAAGGUCUUCUUGCAGGGCUAGUGGAACCUCCAGCUGUGCUUCUACACUGGAUACGCGGAGGAGGGGCUCUCCCUGAUUACGCAGCACAUGGCCAAAAACGUGGUGCGGGUUAAUAAGAAUCUGACAAGACACCUUGCAGUCAAGAAGAAAUAUUCGAGUGUCAGGUUCCAGAGGAUCAGCACCAUCCCGCAGCUGAACUCCCACAUCAUUAAGGACCUUGCAGCACUGGCUACAUGAAUCCAAGCAGCUGAUGUGAGUGAGUGCCAGCUGGAGUCCACGGGGUCUUCCGUCAUAGGGAAGGGGGCCUCUCAAGGUGGGCACAAGAGCCGUGCUUAGGCUAAUAUUCCAUGUAUUUACAUGUAAUAAAGAAAUUGCAGAAAAUGCCCUUUUAAAACCCAAAUGAGAAAUCAA